AUGGGUAAAGAUAAGAAAAAAUCCGUGCCUAAAAUCGAAAUCGGUCCCAUUCCCGAAAGCGUCUCGAGCGAGCAGGGCGACGAGCGCACUCACGAUGUCGGGGGCUCGACGACGCAGAUGCCGGUCUCGCUGGUCACGGGCGAGCCGUUCGGACCCCGGGUCAAGCAGAUCAGCGAGCAGCGCGAGCUCGAGAGCUCGGACGACGAGCCGAGCUCCGAGAGCGACGUCGACGCCAGAUUCCGCAAAGACGACUCGGGCGGCUCGGAGGUGCCCACCGAGUUCUGGCACAUGCAGAAGCUCAUCAAGUACAUGAAGGCUGGAAAUCAGACGGCCACCACCGUGGCGCUGUGCCUGCUCAAGGAUUUCGACCUGUCGAACAGAGUUAUACACAAAAUCAUCUUCGAGAUGGGUGGCCUGGAGAUCCUGGUGAAUCUGCUGGAGACGCGCGAGAUCAAGUGCCAGCAGGGCUCGUUGGCCGUCAUGCUGGAGCUGUCGGCCGCGCGCGACACCAGACACCACCUGGUCGAUCUGGGCGUCGUGACGCCCUUGAUCGAACUGCUGAAGCACCCGGCGCGUGACAUUCAACGCUUGACGGUCGAGACGAUGGCCAACAUCACGAUGACGAAAAAAGCUCGCAAGCAGCUUCGACUGCGCGGGGGAAUUCCAUUGAUCCUGGACAUAAUGGACGUGCCCGAGUCGAUCGUGUGGCGCUCGCCGGAGGAGCUCGACGACAACGAGAAGGAGAUGCUGACGGUGGCCAUCGGCUGCGCCAAAGUCCUCAACUCCAUCUGCACGAGCCCGAAGAUCAAAGAGGAGCUUCGCAAACACGGCGCCAUCUUCCUGAUCGCGCGAUACCUCAAGUCCUCGACGACGGACCUCGUCAUACCGACCAUGGGCGCUGUGCAGCUCUGCUCCGACGUCAAAGUUUACAGGCUGGCCUACGAGAAGAUGGACAUAAUCGGGGAGAUCGUGCGCCACCUCGACAACGAGGACCUGAAGCUCAAGGAGAACUGCGCCCUGGCCAUCUUCAAGUGCGCCGUCAACAAGAUAUCGCGCGACAUGGUGCGCGAGGCCGGGGGCCUUGACCCGCUCUGCAAGCUCGUCGUCGACCCCAAAGUCUACGAGAACAAGAAGCUGCUGGCGGCCGUGACCGGGGCAGUGUGGAAGUGCGCCAAGAGCCCGGAGAACGUCUACCGAUUCAACCAGAAUCGCCUGGUGCAGUCCUUGGUCAACUUGCUGGACGAGAACGAGGACGAGGACGUGCUGGCCAACGUCGUCGGGGCUCUGGCUGAGUGCUGCAAAGACGAUGCCAACAGGGACGCCCUGAAGAAUGCCGGUGGCAUUCCCAAAUUGAUCAAGCUACUGAACGCGACCUACGAGCCGCUGCUGGUGAACAUUCCCCUGGUGAUCGGCGAACUGGCCCAGAACCAGUGGUGCAUGGACGAGAUCAACGACGAGGAGCACCGCAACGACGGGGUGCGCCUCGUUUGGUCGCUGCUCAAGCACCAGAGCGACGCCGUCAAGACCAACGCCUGCCUCGCUCUGGUCCACUGCGUCAAGCACGCCAAGAACUCGGCGGAGAUGGUGCGGGCCUUCGUCGGUGGCCUCGAGCUCGUCGUCAGUCUGCUCGAGAGCAAAGACACGCAGGUUCAGGCGGCCGUUUGCGCCACCAUCGCCGAGAUCGCCAUGGACAUGGAGAACCUCGGCAUCAUCACCGAUCACGGGGUCGUUGAAAAACUCGCUGGCCUCGUGCACACGGAGGAUGAAAAUCUGCGGGCAAAUUUGACGCUCGCUAUUGCCUACUGCAGCGAGUGGGGACAAAACAAUUACGAAUUUGGACGUCUGAAAGCUGUAGCACCUUUGGUUAAUUACUUGACGAGCACUAAUAAGGAAGUUCUCAAAGGGGUUUGUAUUGCUUUCUAUCAUCUCAGCAAAGAGCCAUCCAAUUGCGUGACUAUGCAUACCUGCGGCGUCGUCAAGCACGUGCUACGAUUGGUAGGAUCGGAAGACGCCGAGGUUCAAAUCGCAGCGGCAACGACGAUUCGACACAUUCGUAAACUUGCCCUUACAGCAGAAAAAUUCCAUUACAAAGAAAUUAACACUCUGGCGGACACGGAUUAUUUGAAAUAAAGUCAAUCAGAUACAGGAGUAAAGAACGGAAAUCAUAAAGACACUUUUACUUUACAGAAAUUGUAUUUUGUGCUUAGUCAACUUCAUGAGAUACCAACUAUUGGUAACUCUAUGCCAUGUUUAUUUACACAAACAAUAGUAAUAUCAAAAUCGCCUUACCAAAACUAAGUUGAACAACUUACAAAUAAAUUUUACCAAAUUAUUAUCUGAACCAGAUAUUGAUAACUUUUUUUAAACUAAAUAUUCACCAUUCAUUAAUUAAAAUACAUUCAAUACUUUUAUAUGUAUAUUUUAUAUACUUAUGAUGGAAAAGAUAUAAGUUGAGUUAGUUUACAGAAAAAAAUAUCAGCUGAAUUUGGCAGCACUUUUGAUAAUCUUAAGAAAAUACUCUGAAGUGAAGCACAAUUGAUGAAAAUUUUCAAACAAAAAGAUGAUUCUCCAUAAAACUGUUUAACAUCCAAUUACAUAUAGACAUGUAUUUUGAGGAAUUGAAAAAUGGCACAUUAAUUUUUCUUACAAAUUUACAUUUUCAAACAUUCUUAUCAGAUUUAAUUUAGCUCAAGGCACUUGAAUUUUAUACUAAAUUCUUAUCAUUAAAAUUUUCGAAUUUUUCAAUGUACCAAAAAAAACACAAAGAUGAAUAAAAACAAAUUAACAAAA